UUUAUCUUUCGUCGUUGGAGCGCCCGCACAGCCGGAGCGCAGUACCCACUUACAUCUCGGCGUAGAGGGAGCGCACAUCGGCUGCGUCCAUCUCCUCGCCACAAUCUCGUCGGCACCCAUAGAGAGGUGCAAUAGAACGUCGUCUUUCGUCGCUGGAGCACCCGGAGAGUGGUGAGCCCCACAUACAUCAUCGUAGAGGGAGCGCACAUCGGCUGCGUCCCUAACCUCCAUUUCGUCACAGGAGAGCAUCAGCGGGCUUCAACUUAACCUCGUCGGAAACACCGAGAAGUACAUCCCAAUCGCAAUCUCAUCGCAGGAGCGCCUGUACAGCGAUCCGCAUUGUAUAUGAUUUGUUGGGCGGCGCGGCCCGCUCUAUCGAACCAAUUUUGUUGGUUCCUCACGGCUGCUUUAGGAGAUGGCCUCCGAUGUCCGCAGCACACUGGGAACAUACGGCGUCCAUCACCAGGUUGAGUUCGUCUUCAUUCCGCCCCGGUCGCCUUAUUUUGGGGGCCUAUGGGAAGCCGCCGUCAAGUCCGCCAAACACCUCUUUUUGAGGGCCGUCGGAAACGCCUUGCUGAAGGAGGACGAAGUCCAGACGAUCCUGGUUGAAGUGGAAGCAGUGCUUAACUCGCGUCCUCUAGUAGCUGACAGCAGCAGCCCUAACGACGGAGAGGCUAUAACUCCAGCCCACUUUCUGGUAGGCACCACGCUCGCUGCUCUACCCCCAGGAUUGGCACCUCCUCAUCCGGACGACGACCUAAUUCCCGACUGGUCCCGUGACUACAUAGCGGGGCUGCAGCAAAGAGUUAAGUGGACAAAGGAAUCGGCCAACCUUCUACCAUGAACCAUCGUCGUCAUCAAAGAGGACAAUUUACCGCCCCAGAAGUGGCUGCUCGGCAGAGUCACCGAAGUAACGCACGGAUCGGAUGGCAAGGUGCGCGUUGCUCUAGUAAAAUCCAAGCAAGGCGGAUACAAACGAUCAGUACAUCAUCUGGCACCUCUUCCCAUUAAUUGAAGGCCUACAGCGCUAUAACGCGGGCGAUGUUUGGUCAUCUCACUGUUUGUUUUGUUUUCUAUGGUCGUUGCGAUGCCGACUAUCGAAAGCUGCGAGCAGGGGCGUAGCACAGCUGAUAAUCGCUAAUAAAUUACCCCCUACAA